AUGUGGCUGCCGAACGUAGUAAACUUCUGUGUGAUCGCCUUGGCAUUGCAGCUUGAGGAUGUGCAGAGCAAACACUGGAAACGCGCACCAGUGCGUGGUGCCUUCAAUGUGGACAAAUAUGCCUACAACAAGCCGGUGGUGAAUCUAGUUGGACAGCAAGCAGCUGUGGCAACUAUAGAGGCACUAGCUAUGGGUCCGCUGUUGCAGCAGCUGGCGCAGCGCAGUCAAAAAUCACAUUACAGAAACCUCGAUGCUGACCCAAUGGAUAAUUACAUGCCACACAAUGAUGCCGCUAAUGCCACCGCAGCUGAGUUAAUUGCGUUGCCAAAGCCAAUGCAAAAACAAUCAACUGCACAACUUGAAGCUACGUCUAUGGAAAAGCAAUUAACACCGAAUGUAAGCACAGCUGAAAAUCUUUACUCGCAUGAGUUUCAAGUGCAGAGCUUGGGCUCCAAGAAAAUUGUGCGCCUAAACACGUUGACCAGGCGCAAAGCAGCAGAGGCUAAGCUUAAAAUGCAGUUCUCAUUGCCAGCGCUGCAGGAGCAGACAAAAGCUGAAACUGCAGCAAUUAGCGCUUUGAAUAAUAAGCCAGUCGAAGCAGAGGAGACGCCGCAACAAGCGCUGCUGCCAACAAGCAAACUGACAUCAAAUGAAAUCAAAUUGCCGAGUGCAGAUGGCAGUGAACAGCAGCAGGUCAAGCCAGCACUGCAAAUGGCCAAUGCUGUUGUCAGCCCGCCUGACAAUGAUGGCCAAUCAAAUGACACUGCACUGGCUGCUGAAGCAGGCGCUGUCAAGUCCAAGCCCAAGCCCAGACCCAAGCGCACAAAGUCAAGGCGCAAGCAGAAUCAGUCCAAGCUUAGUGCGCCAAAUGCCACAGCAGCAGCAGCAGCAGCAGCAACGAUGCCAGCAAAGGUUACAGCGACUGCUGCAAGUGUCAAAAUCCCUGCAACAAAGUCGCCGUUGAGUGCAAAGGGCAAGGGUAAGGGUAAGCGACGUCGCCCAGCUGCUGAGCAGGAAAUCGAAACUACGACAAAUUGGUGGCAGAUACUACCAUAUGCGGAAAUUAGAACAUUUUUGAAUACGAUUUAUGAUAGCAUUACCGACGACGAUGAUGAUGAACGUGGCCAGCGGAUAUGA